UUUGGAUGCGUAUGAAAAAGGCCCUAUGGAGCAAGGACCACAACUCAUCUCACCUGUGAACGAUUUGCAUCAUCGCGUGUAAAUCCUUCGCAAAACCCCAGAACGUGUUUCAGCUCCAUACUCUUCUGGGUUUUAUCAUUGAGCCAAAAUUCCUAAGACCCAUUUCAGAUUUCUCGAUCUUUCUUUCCAGAGUAAAAGAGAAACAAGAAGAAGAAGAGGAAGAAGAUGGUAUUGUUGGGGUUAAGUGUGCAGUACUUAAUAGAUUUGGUGGUGGCAGGGGUUUCUUUAAUGAUCGGUUUUGGUAUUUUCGCUCUUAUUGCUUCCAUUCUCUGCUCCGCUGCGUUCAUUAACAAUGCCAAGGAUGUAUACUGAAUCUCAUACUCCAAGAAGUUCCUAUCAUAGUUGGAUCCAGAAUAUCCAGAUGAUUGUAUCUCACACAAUCCAAUCAGCACUGUAGAUUCUGGAAUGAGAUUUGGAACCAAUUGAUGAGAUAUAGUGAUUUUGUGCGUAUUUUUUCAGAUGCCCAG